CUCCCAAAAAGGAAGGAAAGGAUGUGUUACGGCGGGAUUUUUCAGCACGAAGCAAGAUCAAGAUGUAAAUAAAGUUGCUGUCAUCCGGUCGGCUGUCACUGAACAAAAUAGACAACACCCAACAAACCCCGAAGAAGAAAAUAGAUUAGGAAAUGAUAGAGCGUAGAAGACUUAAUAACCUACAAGCGAUAUAAAGCAGAACAGGUUAAAAGAAGAAGAAGAAGGAGUUAGCUCGCUGGUCUGGGAUUCAAGACGCUCAGACAAGGUUUUCCUCAAUAAAACUGGAUCGCCUGCCACACUAACAAGAUAGUCCGCCUGUGACCAGCAUCUUCGGGGCAUUAGAGACUGUGGCGCCGCAAGUGUUAAUAUUCUCCACCCACCAACAUUUAUAAGUGGCGAAGGGAAGACAUGGCCCUGAUUGCUGCUCCCUCACCUGGUGAGGAGUGGGUGGCUGGUCUGGUGCUGGCAAGAGGAGGCAGCAAGGGGAUCAAGAACAAGAACCUCCUUCAGCUGGACCAUAAACCGCUGCUCAGGAGAACACUGGAGGUCAUGCACAAAGCCAAGUGUUUCCACAGCAUAUGGGUGAGCACAGACAGUGAGGUGAUAGCAGACUGUGCCCGAGCAGAGGAGGCCGAGGUGCACUGGCGGGCACCCUACACAGCUACCGAUGAUGCCUCGUCUGUUAGUGCUGUACAGGAGUUCAUCAAGUCCCAUCCGGAGAUCACCAUAGUGUGCCUUGUCCAGUGCACUUCUCCUUUCGUGCAAGCUAUGUACCUGCAGGAGGGAAUGCAGAAGAUGGCGAGAGGCUACGACUCGGUCUUUUCUGUGACAAGAAGGCACUUGCUGCGCUGGUCUGAAGGUGAGUUUGCUGUGCCAGAAAACUUCAGUCCAAGACAUCGGCCGCGGCGGCAGGACUGGAGGGGCGAGCUGUAUGAGAAUGGCAUGUUUUAUAUUGCCCGGGUGGAGGUUGUCCAGAAGGGUCUGCUGCAGGGAAGCAGGUGUGGGUACAUUGAGGUGCCACAGGAAGACAGCCUGGAUAUUGACACCCCCUUUGAUGGCAUUGUUGCUCAGGCAUGGAUCAAUUACUGUCAAGGUGGAUCCAUAUAGUACUGAGUGUGUGGAUCAACUGCUGUCAAGGUGGAUCCAUAUAGUACUGAGUGUGUGGAUCAACUGCUGUCAAGGUGGAUCCAUUUAGUACUGAGUGUGUGGAUCAACUGCUGUCAAGGUGGAUCCAUUUAGUACUGAGUGUGUGGAUCAACUGCUGUCAAGGUGGUUCCAUAUAAUAGGGUGUGUGGAUCAACUGGGGAGGCAGUAGCAUAGUGGAUAAGGUGGUGAGCGUGGGAUCGGGCAGACGUCUAUGUGUAGGUUCGAAUCCCACCACGUACAACCUUAAAACACUUUGUCAUUUGUCGAGUGGUUUAAAGUUACCUACAUAUCA